UGCUUCAAUUCCAAGUCUGCGGUUGAAUUGAACGGAUCGGUUCCGGUACUGCUCGUUGUUCUAUAUGCUGGUUGAUCAUUUCGUACCGUCGGUGGACGCAAAAGAUUCGUGUUAAUUGAAAUUCAACGGAAACUUGUGUGUGAAACGAAGAUUUAUUUAGUGCAGUGUCUGCUCAAUUCAGAAAAAUGAUAUUCUACUAAGGAAAUAGAAUCUAAAAAAAUUCCAAUAUCUAGAAUGAGUUGCAGAAUUAUCUCGCUUUCUUAAGGAUAACACGUAUUAAAUGGGAUUAUACCACACAACUUCAAUUACUUAAGAGCAUGGAGCUGCGUUGCCUGCUAUUGAAUAUUGUCUUCAUAUCCGUUGUGAAUGCGAUGUUGGCCUUUGGCUUUGCCAAUCUGGAUGAGGAAAAGCGAUGUUCCUAUGGUCGCAUCGAGAAGCUGAUGAGAAUCCGCUGCCACGCCAUGGACCUCAAGGAGGUACCACAGAGCCUCAAGACCUCCGUCGAGGUGUUGGACUUAUCGUACAAUCGCAUUAGGAAAUUGAAAAGUAGCUCAUUUCAGAGAUACAGCGAUAUUAAAUUUCUAUUGCUGUAUGACAAUAUGAUCUUAUCGGUGGAGCCGGGAACAUUUGAACCACUCACCGCACUGCAGGAAGUCGAUCUAUCGAAUAAUGGAUUAACUACAAUUCCCAUGGAGUUAUUUCAAUUGCCAAAGUUGCGCAAUCUCUAUAUAGACAGCAAUGAUCUGAGGAACCUGCAUCACGAUCUGCAACUGCUGGAGACGCCAAUUGGGGCGCCACUCGAAUACCUGAAUGUGGCCAACUGUGAACUGCACGAUAUACCCGAUCUGGGCAUACUGCCAAAUCUGUGGCAACUGAAUGCCUCGCUGAAUCCAUUGAGCAACUUCAACGUGGAUAAACUUGGCAAUUUGUGCCAUUUAAGAGUCAUCGAUCUGACCAAGACUCAGAUGAGUCCGUGCAGCUGCCAACGAGUUACCAAUCACCUCAGAGACAUAGGCGCCAAUGCGCAGUUUGUGCCCCUUUGCAUGGAGGCGCUAGACGGCGACGCGUGUCCACUGAACUACAAUCGCACCGUGGACUCGCCGACAUUCCACAGUUGCCUGGCCAGCGCUGAGUUGGCCGAGACGCGCAGCUUUUGGCUAUUUGCCGCUGGCUGUUUUGGCGGCAGCUUCUUGGUGUUGUUAGUCUUUUGCUACUGCAUCCACAGAUGGCGCAAAAAGCGUCAGAAUCGUCGUCUUAGCCAAGCUGCCCAGAAUCGCAAGCAUUUCGUCAUCUCGCCACGAAAUGCGACGAAUCAUCGGCUGGAGGAUCAGCCCCUGCACUGUGAUACUGCCUGAAUCAUAACCAUAAUCAUACGAUAUAACAAUAGCACUUAGUCAUAAGUAAGACAACUAAUUUAUUAGCUUAGCUUUAGUUCCUUUACUUAAACUUAGUUUUAGACAUGACUUCCUACCGAAUUGCCAAAUGAAUAAUUGCCAAAAAAAAAAACAUCAACAAGUGCCUUGCUCAUGUGCUACUUUAGAAUUGUUCUACUUACAAUUACACUAGAUUUAGUUAGUUUUACUUGAGCUAAUCAAUGAGGUGCCUUAGCAUAAGUCAGUAAAAAACCAUCCAAAUAAUUAUAUUUACACACAUGACAGUAAGAAUAAUUGUUAAAUAAAUACAAAUUUUAGUUAAUAGCA